CGGAGUUGGUUUAUGGGCUAUAGAUGUUUGUGUAUAUCUCUUUUGUUUAUAAAUGAUGGUGUUAAUUAAGCUGAUUUUCACUCUUCAGAUUUUUUAGCUGUUGUUUUUAUUCUCUUGCCUUUUACUUGAAUGAGGAAUAUAACUCCCGCUUCCUGAAUGUUAGUUCUACUUCUAAGAAAUAACUUGCCUUUUACUUGAAUGAGCUAAUUCAAUACCUACUUGAUUAUUUGUCUAGUUACUGCCACUGAUGUUGUUUACUAACAUCACAUUGAUUUGCUGAUAUUUAGGAGUUCAAAGUUAUGUCUCCAUAGAUCACUUUGAGGUUUCAAAAAUGCCCUUCUAACGGCGAGUUGUAAUUAGAAUUUAUGUGUCUGAAAAUAUCGCUACUAAUGUCUCUUUAUGGCUUUUUGAACAAUUGUCUUCUUACUUUUUUUGAAUUGAUUUAGAAUCCAAGCCAUUAUGAGACCACAUCAAAGAAUUUUGUUUUUCAACUUUCACCUUCUAGAAAUGCUGGUACUCCCGGGCUCCAAUUGAGAUUUUUGCACGGGUUUUGGCUAGCUACAUUAUCCAGCAACAAAUGGUUGAGAGACUUUUCAGACGCUAUCGAGGUAAAUCUUCUAAAUACUAAAGAUGCGUUCCCUCCGAUUUUUAGUUUUCACCUUGUAGCAAUGUAGGCACUCAAGUGUAUGAAAGGAGGAUGGACUGCGAGACUUAUUAGGCUUUAUACUAAUUUGGUCAAUGUGAAGGCGCAAAUGAUUUUUAAUCUUUGCUGAUAAUUUUUUUAUCUGGUUUUUCAAAUUUGUUGCAUUUUUAGAGUAAAACUUAUUCGUCUAGAGAAAGUUCAACAUCAGCUACACCAACAACCAAGGUUGGUAUUACUUUAAUACUACACAGUAUAUUUUCUUUGUGCAUGUUUACUAUAUACACUAUCACACACACAAUGUCUUUAUAGCUUUCCACCUAAUGCAAAAAAGACUUUCUAGUAUGUUUUUCAAGUAUCUGCAAUUUUUGGCUAGAGUAGUAUGUUUUUAAACUAAUCUUCAAAUGUAUAUUAUUUAGGUCCCAGUAAUUCCUUUAGUUCUCUAUCUACAACUAAAAAAGAAAGAUGAGUAGCUAGGAAUGUCUUUCUUUUAUUGGCUGCAUUUAUAAUUGUACUACAGGCCGUACCAUGAUAUGUGACUUGUGAAUGAUUUGAUUAGUAAACCUUGUUAUGUGCAUCUGCAAGAAACAGAACCUAGCAAUCCACCUGCUAGCUCAACUCCAGCUCCUGCAACAACCUAAGUUUUUUGCUUUGGUAUGUUCUUGCAAUUUCUGUGUCCACAUGUGUAUAUGGUUCUGUGUAUCCUUCAUCAUUUUCAAUAUUUUCACUUUUAAUAUGACUUAUCUACCAUUUUCUCAUUUAGAUUUUUUAUAAUCUUAUAUAACACGUGUAAAUCCUUGCAUGUCAACUCCCGCUCAUGCACCCGUGGCAAUUACUGGGCGAGCUCAACCUUCACGUGAAGAACUUGGGGCAUUUUGUUUGAAUACAUCUAUAUAUAAUCGAGAACUUAUGUGUGCAUAUUUAAUCUCUUAGCUUACACCUUAUACAUUUUACAUGGACAAAUCAGAAGAUGUUUAGGGUCAGGCAGCUUCUAGUUUGUCGCGGGCAGCACCCUUGAUGUAGUGGGAAUCUGGGACAUGGACAUUGUUGUUCGACCCCUUCGUGCAGCUUAUAACAACCCUGAGAGGGCUGUUCAAUAUUUAUAUUAUAUCAAGACUCAAUAUAUAAAAUGUGAUUCGUUUCCUCUUUCGUUGAGAAUUACAAUGAAGAUUGAAGUGACAACAUGAUAUCAAGAUGUUGUCGAUUAGAGGAAGAUUUUAGGAUACCUUAGUCAUAAAAACAUGUGUUGGAUUUAAAAUAUGGCAGCAAGGAUGCUAUUUUGGCUGACCACCCUCAACCUUGCGAGGUAUUUGAGGGAGGAUCCCCCUAUUGUGGGGGAAACCGCGGACGAGCCAACAGUUCAGGCUAAAGAGGCAUGGAUAGCGAAUAACUAUACGUGCCUUAACCUUAUCCUGAAUUGCUUGAGCGAUGCCUUAUAUGCUGUUUAUAGGAGGGCUGCAUCCACAAAGGAGUUAUGGACUACACUGUCCAACAAAUACCAGGCCGAGGACGCCGGUGCGAAGAAAUUCGUAGUCGAUAAGGUCUUGGAUUUCAAGAUGGUGGAUUCCAAACCCGUGGUCAGUCAAGCUGAAGAAUUGAUUCUCAUUUUUAAUGAGUGCACUGACGAGGGAAUGGGAGUCAGUGAGGCAUUCCAAGUGGCGGCGAUUAUUCAUAUUCUUCUAUCUCUGCGUCUCCAUCUCUUUGUCUUCGAUUUCCUUAUACGCCUUCUUCUUGUUGAUCUGGAACAUCUUCAAACGCGCCAUCGGUGUGAGGUCAACAAACUGCGAUUAAUCGGCUAUAGGAUCAGGGAGCGUAUUGCCUGCACUAAUUUCUCUGUUCUGUAUUUUUUCGGUUUGAAUACAUUGAAUGUAUACAAUCCAGCUGUAUGAGUGAUAGAGUAAGGACCACUAAUGUCAGUGUGAAUGAGUUCUAAUAAAUUAGAACUUUUAGU